UGGGAAUUCGAACACUUGAAAAAAAAAAGUGAUAAUUAUGCUUAGUUUCUUGUUGAUCCCAAUGAAUUAAGGCUGGACUUCAAAGCCCCCUAGUUGCAACCUUUUCAUGACGUCGAGCCAGUUGUUUUGGUCCCCUCUGCCCAAUCGGAGGCUCCGCUCACAUUCUACCGGAGCCGAAAUGGGUCUAUUCAUGCCGCGGCUCCGUCCUCCCGUAAGUACCACAACGCCCUUUGUCGGGGGCUCUGUGGUACCCGACUGCUGCUUUAAACAGCAGCACUGACAUGGAAAGCCCAUUGCAGCUGCACAACGAUUUCUUCCCAGAGCAGCAGCAGCAGCAGCAGCUCCAGCACUGUAAGUACCAGCACUACUGCGGGCGCGAGGAUCGGCUCGGCAAGCAGCAGCAGCAGCAGCAGCAGCAGCACGAGCACUGCUGCACCUGCAAUAACUGCACCUGUGAGGCGAGGAAAAGCCUCGUCUUUCGUGGGACGUCGCCGACCACUGUGGGAACUUUAAGGACACCUUCGGAAACGUCUUCGAGGCAAGGCUGCCAGUACAGCGUCUGUGAGUUCACACCCUCUAGUCAUGGUAGUUCAUCCAGGAAUCAUCAUCAUCCUCACCAUCAGCAGCAGUGCCGCGGUCGGCAGCGGGGCAGCCUGGGCAGCAGCCACAAAGACAGUAACUCCUACAAUGAAAUAGCCAUGAGCAGCUGCAGAUACAACGGCGGCGUAAUGCGGCCGCUGAGCAACUUGAGCUCGUCCCGCAGAAAUAUACACGAGUUUGAUUCUGAGUCCCAGCCUUUGCAGCCAAUCUCCGCCGCGGAUGCGUCGGACACUUUAGUAUCAAAGCCGGAGAACAAUUCAACCACCCUGAUGCCUUACGCAUCGGGGGACGUAGGGGGAGGCUGCGGCCACAGCGGCGGCAAAUCGGGGAAAAAGAAGAACCAGAACAUUGGGGAAAAGCUCGGGCACAGGAGGGCCUUGUUUGAGAAGAGGAAACGGCUCAGCGACUAUGCUUUAAUCUUUGGGAUGUUUGGGAUCGUUGUUAUGGUUAUAGAGACUGAACUCUCGUGGGGAGCCUAUGGAAAGGAGUCCCUGUAUUCAUUAGCUCUAAAAUGCCUGAUAAGCCUUUCUACAAUCAUUCUCCUGGGGCUGAUUAUCAUAUACCAUGCGAGAGAGAUACAGUUAUUUAUGGUGGACAAUGCGGCUGAUGACUGGAGGAUAGCAAUGACAUAUGAGCGCAUCUUCUUCAUCUGCCUGGAGAUCCUGGUGUGUGCGAUCCACCCCAUCCCAGGGAACUACACCUUCACCUGGACGGCACGCCUGGCCUACUCCUACGUGCCAUCCAAGACGGAUGCGGACGUGGACAUCAUCCUGUCCAUUCCCAUGUUCCUGCGGCUGUACCUCAUCGCUCGUGUCAUGCUGCUGCACAGCAAGCUCUUCACGGACGCCUCGUCCCGCAGCAUUGGGGCGCUCAACAAGAUUAACUUCAACACGCGCUUUGUGAUGAAGACCCUCAUGACCAUCUGUCCCGGCACUGUGCUGCUGGUGUUCACCAUCUCGCUGUGGAUCAUCGCCGCAUGGACUGUCAGAGCCUGCGAGAGGUAUCAUGACAACCAGGACAUAACCAGCAACUUUCUAGGAGCCAUGUGGUUGAUCUCAAUCACGUUUCUUACCAUUGGAUAUGGGGAUAUGGUCCCAAACACAUACUGUGGGAAAGGAGUCUGCCUCCUGACUGGCAUCAUGGGUGCUGGCUGCACUGCCUUGGUGGUGGCUGUGGUAGCAAAGAAACUGGAAUUAACCAAAGCUGAAAAACAUGUUCACAAUUUUAUGAUGGACACCCAGCUAACAAAAAGAGUGAAAAACACAGCUGCGAAUGUUCUCAGGGAGACGUGGCUCAUCUACAAGAACACCAAACUGGUGAGGAAGAUGGACCACGCCAGAGUCAGGAAGCACCAGAGGAAAUUUCUCCAAGCCAUUCACCAGGCUCGGGCGUUCAUUCAUUGGGUUCUGAAUGGUCUUGUGUUCAGAUUGAGAAGUGUUAAAAUGGAGCAACGCAAGCUGAAUGACCAAGCAAACUCACUAGUGGACCUUGCUAAGACUCAGAACAUCAUGUAUGACAUGAUAUCAGACUUGAACGAGCGAGGCGAGGACAUGGAGAAGAGGAUCGCCCUGUUGGAGACAAAGCUGGAGACUCUUCUGAGUAACUUGCAGGCUCUGCCAGGACUCAUCAGCCAGGUGAUCAGCCAGCAGCACAGGGACUUCCUGGAGGUGCAACUCCAGCCUUAUGACAAACACAGCCCUGAGCGCUCGCAGUCUGUGUCGAGACGGAGGUCGUCCUCCACAGCACCGCCCACAUCCUCCGAGAGCAGCUAGAGUCCAAGGGGAACGCCUCCACGGAAGACUUUUGCCAUCAUAUGGCCAAGUUGCAUUUAUCGUAAAGCCUUAUGGUUUCAAUAAGUAUUAUCCAAAAUUCUGAUGACAGAAUCCUAGAUACUGGGGACAAUGCAUUUUAAUGGAUAACUUCAUGCUAUUGUUUGUUUUUUAUUACCUCAAAAGGUGUUGUUAUCCUUGCUCUGGUGACAUGACCACAAAUAAUGGCGCUUCCCUCAGUACAAACUAAAAGGCUUAUUGAUAGGGGUACGACCUGAGCUCUACUCCAUCUCUAUGCAGAGAUAGCCAGUUUUAGAUGGCGAGAUGUGAAACUAUUGCACUAAAAUAGUGCUUCUCACAGGCUUUGUGCUUCUGUAGGCUGGGUUCAGUUUCCUGAAAGCAAACUGAGAAACCACUGAGUAAGUCAGGGAGCAUGACUGUGACGUUGAGAAAAAGUGCUGGGUUUGAUGGACUGGAGUGAACUGACACUGGAGGACAGAUGAAAAUUGCUCCUACACACAGUCACUUCAAAAGCUUGAAAUGAGGAAAAAAAGCAUAUAUCUUUUAGGUUAGAAACAGCAUCAACUAUAGCGGUUUCCUUUUGCAGAGUGCCCCUGUAGAAUGACUAUUUUUUGGGGGGCACUCUGCAAAUAAUUUAAUCCUCUAGUCAAAAUGAAUGCAUCAAAGUCUGUACUUGCACUUACUUUUUAAUCAAUGCACUUCAAUGCUGACUGACGUAUGAUAUAAAGAUGCGUUGCUCAUUAAAAGAAGAACAUUUGAAAUGUUUGGGCAUGGGUUUAUUAUCGUCAAUUCUCAAGUUGUGGCUAGUGUUGAUGAACAAAGUUAAAGCCCUUUUUUUCCCCCUGUGUUUCGAAAAGAAGCAUCAACAAAAACCUGUAGCGAUCUACAGAAUUAUACUGAGUGAUCACAAACUCAGUUUUGACCUCAUGUCUUGCUGUGUCUCAGCUCCUGUCCAUCCUCCCUGUGCUAUUUAUGCUUGCUGUCACCUCAGCUGGGCAACAACAAAAUGCUGAACAACAACUCGCUGAAACCGUAUCUACCUUUUAAAAAGAAAAAGCCUAUUUUUGUAUACUUUGAUGAGGACAAGCACACCUCCAACUAAACAAAGAGGAUGUAUGAAGUGACAGAUUCAGCAUAUCUAGCAUAUGGUUUCAUAUUUCUUGGGCCGGAGUUAAGGUACACAAGUUGUUUAUUUUGUUCUUUCCUGAACUUGAUGACGGACUAUUUAAAUAAUUGCAUUAUCCUACAGAUUGCAUUUAUUUUUUACAGCAAAUACUUUAGAUGAAGCUGUUGGCUGAGCUGGAAGAGCAAUAUUCAAGCGCAGAACUGGUAAACCUAUCUACAGUGGCUGGCAUUUAUUAGAUUUUAGAUCAAAUGGCAAAAAUGAAAUAAAGAUAUUUAAAUUUGAAAUAUCCUGUCAACAGUCUAACUCCAUAUCAACUGUGUGUAAAGCCCUGAUGUGGCCAAUAUACCCUCUAGACGUUACUCACUAUAUAAACAUAGUUGUUAAUGCAACCUUUAGCAUAGCAUGGGUCAGAAAACAUCUGGUCAACUCAGCAGCACUGAUCUUGUUCAACCAGCCCACCCUCUAACCAAUAGGUCAAUCAGAUGGUCAACAAAACGACAGAUGUUCAGUCCACAAACUUUGGCAAACCAAUGAGAGAUUAUACUGUAUGCGACUUAAACAAUAAACAACUAAACAAUAAAAAUAUAUAAAGUGA